UGAAGGGCAACGGCGGCGAUGGGUGCUAUGGGCUGAUUGGUAAAGAUGGAAAGAGGGAGAGGAGGAGGAGGAGGAGGAGGAGGAGGAAGGAACGUGGGGGGCUCCAGCCUGCACAGGAGCAUCUAUUCCCAGUCCCAGCAGCAGUACCAUUACACGGCCCCCUCUCAGGGGGGCUGUAUGGAGAUCCAGGAGCUGGCCUCCAAGAGGGUGGACAUCCAGAAAAAGCGAUUUUAUCUGGACGUGAAGCAGAGCUCCCGGGGCCGCUUCCUGAAGAUCGCAGAGGUCUGGAUCGGCAGAGGCAGGCAGGACAACAUCAGGAAAAGCAAGCUGACGCUCUCCCUGUCGGUGGCCGCAGAGCUGAAGGACUGCCUGGGUGAUUUCAUUGAGCACUACGCCCACUUGGGCCUGAAAGGUGGCCACAGGCACGAGCACAGCAAUGGCAAGGAGCAGCACUCGAGGCAGCGCCAGCAGCACCCGCCGCCCUCGCCCUCAGGCUCUGUGGGCUCCGAAGAGCACCCUCAUAGCGUCCUCAAGACAGAGUACAUCGAGAGGGACAACAGAAAAUAUUACCUUGACCUGAAGGAGAAUCAGCGGGGCCGCUUCUUGCGGAUCAGGCAGACGAUGAGCCGGGGACCUGGCAUGAUUGGUUAUUUUGGCCACAGCUUGGGACAGGAGCAGACUAUCGUCCUUCCGGCGCAAGGGAUGAUCGAGUUCAGGGAUGCUUUGGUCCAGCUGAUUGAAGAGUACGGCGAGGGGGACAUGGAGGAUCGCAGGGCUGGGGGAGAUGAGCCCCCUGAGCUCCCUGAGGGCACCUCCUUCCGAGUGGACAACAAGAGGUUCUACUUUGAUGUGGGAUCCAACAGGUAUGGCAUUUUUCUGAAGGUAAGUGAGGUGAGACCACCCUACCGUAACACCAUCACAGUUCCAUACAAAGCGUGGACAAGGUUUGGGGAAAAUUUUAUCAAGUAUGAAGAAGAGAUGAGGAGAAUUUGCAACAGCCAUAAAGAAAAAAGGAUGGAUGUCAGAGGGGACAGUGGUGAAGAGCAAGAGGGUCUCGAAUAGAGUGCACUGAACUGGCCGUCUGGCAAAAUAAAACAAAAAGCAGAUAUUGGUGAGAGGGACUCAUCUAUAGUAAUUUGAAGUUGCCCCUUUUUUUUUUUUUUUUUUUUUUUUUUGUAAAGUCCUUUUCUGAUAGUCUGUACUAACUCCAGUACGUAAUAUUAUGGGAGUCUGGUCAUCAUGCUAUAUUACACCCAAAACAUCUCUGUAUUUCUUAAGAAAGUACCAACCUCCCAAGUCUGUAUGAGUCAGCUUCUUUGAGUGCGGAAGACUAUGAAAGUAUACAUAUCAGCACAAAAAACAAAACAACAAAACUGCAUUCUGACCUUUAAAUAGUCUAGAUAAGGCUUGUGUUGCACUUCAGCGUGGUGCAGAAAAAACCCUCACGCUGAAAUGUAUCGGUUUCUGCUUAUGGCAGUUUUUCUGGAACUGAACUCUGCCUGUACUCAGUAAAAAGGCUGAAGAGCUGAGCCAUAGGGCACUCACUGCAAAAAUUGUCUUCGUGUUAAUUGCUCAGACAUGUAUGAGGAGAGGGAGAUGUUUAAAAAUGGGUAUCUGCUGGUUAUCGAGUUUGAAAUGAUGUUCUUUGUGGAUGAAAUCUCAAUAACCAGUCGGACCUUUAAUACUGUGCUAGUGGAGAGCAGAAGAUUUGUUAUUAAUCUCGUAGUUUUGUGCUAACCAAAUAACCUGAGUAUCCCAGGAUAGUGGAACUGUGCUCGAGUGCUAAGCCUUCCAAAUUAAUGGCAACAAGUCAUAAUCCAUUCUUCAUAUCCGUGUUCUGCCCACGCGGGGCUGACGAUUUUUUUAAUGCAUUCUUCAAAAUUUCAGAAGCUAUUUUUGUAGCUGGGGUGUUGUGGGUUCUGGCAGGAGGCUGUGGAACGGGUGUGCUGAGCCAGAUGGCUGCAGUGAUUGAGGUUCCAGGGUUCCCUCCCAGUUGUGAGAUGAACACGGCCACGAUUGUUACACACACGAGGACAACACCUGGGCAUUUCUUUCCUCCUGCUGUGAGGAAGACCUUUGGGGGGUUUGGUGCACCAUUUGAUCCGUACCAAAAUGCAUCUCGGUCCUAUUGAUCUGUAACACAUUUUCAAAGCCAUGGCUAAGGCGGUGUCAGAUUUUCUGUCACGUUGAUUUUACAGAUGUUAUUAGUACAACAUAAUACCAGUGCCCUGCCAUCGCCUCCUUCCCGCCCUGUUGAAGCUGAAGCUGAAAUCCAGCAAUUUGAUGCCUGGUUACUGACUGCUAGCUUUGUGCAAAGUCCGCUGGCAGCUCUGCAACCUGAACCUUACAGUCCUUGCCAGAAGAAUGCUGGGAGGGAAAAUGCAUAAAAUUAGCAGGCCUGAAGACUUUGAAAAUUCUUGGUCAUUUCUUCAAAAAUGGGUGUAUAUCAUUCAAGGGGCUUUUUCAGGCAUUGGGUGCUGGUUCCUCUCCUUCUGAAACCAUUGGGAGUUUGGUUGAGCUCCAGGUACUUCAAAUAAUGUGUUGUCCACCUUCAAGAUUUUUUUGAAGGAUGUGUUACUCUGUCUAGUCAGAUAUUUAUAAUCACUUGCAUUGUAUUUUGCAGAGUGGCCAAGUGUGCACGUGGACCAGAUGUUUUCCAUCUCAACCAUUCCACUUUUUUUUUGUAAAUCUGUUCAGAAAGGUAUUUAUCUUCACUCUUAGUCUGGACCCACCUGCACGCUGCAUGGCCACACUAAAUCCAAAAGCUAUUGCCUGUUAUAACAUUAACCAUAUCAAGAGAUGCUGGGGAGGCAGGGGUGGGAACUAAGAGGAUAAUCCGGACUUUAUUUUGGGUACUAAUAACAGUCCAUCUGUUUUAACUUAAAAAAAAAGAAAAAAGAAAAAAAAAAAAAAGCUUGCACCAAAGUCACCAAAGAACCUUUAGGAAAUGUUACAGUUGUGACAGAGAGUAAGGAAGUUAAUUUCACUGUUUUAGGUGAUUCGCCCUUUCCAUACAACUACAUAUAGCAGUUACAGCAAGCAAACAUUUGGCUUAGCAUCACAACAACCAUGCAUUUCUGCACAGACUGCUCUUCAGGCACUGUUUCAAGUCUGUAAGAGAUUUUCUCAUUCCACCACUUGAACUGCUAGCAGACCACAAUGAAUCAGCUAGAGGCAUUAUGGGGUACUGGUUCGUCUUUGCUUCUAGGCUUUUGGUUGCAAUGUUUUUAACAGGUUCGGUUAGCAAACCAUGACAAUAACUUCUCAUCCCAGUUGGUGUGAAACCAGAGUUUAGCAAGCGAGUCCUGGAUGCACAAGUCAGCGCGUCGCUGGCUGCUGCUGCCCAUCACAGUGCCUGGAGUAACAAUGAACUUAUUACAGAUCCCAACCAACUGGAGCUAUGAAUGUACAACUCUUUUAUGCUCGCCUUCCCGCUCCCGUGUGGCACUCCUCCCCUACGCACUCGACAUCUCCCAGUCCAAGUCCACGUCUGUGUCAAUGCAUUGUAAAAGCUGCCGCAUUGGAAUUUGCUUAGGUUAGGUGUGUAUUGUAAGUAGUCAUGCAUUCCUUCUGUUCCUUUGGUGUUAGUAAGGAAAAUACUUGCAAUGGGCAAAGUGAUUGAAAAGGCCUGUUUAUUCAUUUUGUCUUCUGUUAAAAAAAAAGAUGAGAUGCAAAAUGGCUUUCAUUAUUGCUACUCACUUGCCAUUUUGACAAAAGGGUAACUAAAUGCAGCUGGCUGUAUCUUAGUUAGACUGGUAUCUUUAACCCCUUUUUUUUUCUUUUAAAUCUUUUACCUAGUUCAUUAAUUGGCCUUCUGAGUGCAUUAGUGUAUUGUAAAUAGCAGCCAGGAAUCCAGUGCUUGCCUGCUGUGAGGCAGGGCCGGGUUCCAUGGAAUUCACUAAUGCAUGUACUCUCCCCAUGUGGGAUGCACCUUAGUAUCCAAAACUGGAUGGGAUCUUCACAUUCACAGCGAACGACCAGUGGGUAAACCACUAGCGACAGGUUUCCACGGAAAUGUAAAGCACUGGUGCUUGCAAAUAUUGUCAUUGGAGGAUAAAACAGACUAACUCAAAAUGUAGCAAUGCAAGAUUGUACCAGUUAGAUUUGGAAACGGGUUCAUCGUUAUUUUUGGCAGUGCAUUUUCAGUGUCGGAGAGCAGCAAUAACGUAGGCUGCUUGUGUGCAGAAGGGCCCGUUGCAAUGCUUAUGCAUGUCAAAUGUUCAUUCCCUGUGCUCUAAAACUGCCAUGUCCCUUAAACUUGAGAAAACACAAGCUUAUUUGCACUAGAAAGAACGGCCAAAAACAAUACUAGGAGGACAGGGUGAAGAGUACCAGUCUGAACCUCUUUUCUCAUGAGAAAAUUUCCUAUUAAAGUCCUCACCUCUGUUUCAAAAUUGUAUGGUCCAGACAGAAGUCUGUCAGUUCAAUAAGAAAAUCCUAAUGCACUUUAUAUUGUGUAAAUAAUAGGAGCACGUUUCUGCCACUGGUCUGGCAGGGGGUGCUUCAGCAUUGCAAUCUGAAUCUAGAAGAGGUCGUAUCCUGCGUGCACGUGUCUGGUACGGACCUGUUGUACCUUCUUGACCCAGUUCCUGGACAGGAGUGUUGGUACAGAUCCUCUGAGCUCAUCAAAGUGGGACUCUGAGAUGUAGCGUGCAGUGCUGCUGGACAGCCUGAGCUGGUGGCAGUGCCUUCUGCGGCUCUCCAGCAGCUCAGGUCUGCUCUGAACAUUGAUGCUGAGCCUGACAAACAAGAUUUUCAAGGAUGUAGCGUGGGCCACACCAAAUUCUUGUGCUUAGCUUUCCUGUGGGUCAGUGCAGACACUUGUGCCGUCCCUCAAGGGCUUGCUUUGAGAAUAAGGUGUUACGGAGGCUUUGCCAGCUGACCCCCACCUGCUGUGAAGAAGCUGCCUUUCUUGGCAGAAGAUUAGCAGAGCAGCACACUGACAAGGGGCUGGAAGGCUUCGUGUGGCCAGGUUCCCCACAUGGCACUGCGAGGCGGUGACAGAAAUCACAUCUUGGGGACACGCAUGGUGAGCUCCACCCUGAAAGAUGCAGCCGUGGCAGUAAUCUGCUCUUUGUCGUGUUUCUUGUAUGUACUCAAUAUAUAAAAAUUCAUAUUCACGUAUAGGCAUUGAUAUAUUUAUGUGAGUAUGUUGUAGCCUGUAGUAGCUCGUAACAAAAUAAUCUAUUUAUCUGAAGUACACAGUCUAAAGACGGGGCUUAAAAGGCAGUUUCUCAUACUAUCAGUUUGGAUAAACGCGUUAUUUCACUGAGAGCACCUUGCCUGCUGCUUAUCAUGGCCCUUUUAGGAUUUUGGCUUUUAAGCACUUUCAUUUCUUAGGUUUUCAGUGAAGCUGCAAAGAAAACGUAGGCAAGAGAAGGGAAAACUUUACUUCAAGGCGUGGUGCAGGUAAAGUAAGAGCUGCAGUUAACAGCCAGUUGCUGCUCCACAGGUCACAUUGCAUCCCCCAUUUUAAAAUCCCUCUACUCUGCAAACCUUUACAUUCAUAAAAUAUGCCAUUGUAAGGAUAAAAAAAUGGCCUUUAUUUUAAAAAAAAAAUAAAAUCCUAUUCAAUUAUCAAAAUGCGCAUUGGCAUCCAUUUUUUUUUUUUCUGCUGAAGAUGUUGUAGUCUAAUGUUUGCACCAUUUAUUUCCCAAGGCCUGUUCCAGAGACCUAAACUUGUGUGGAAGGCAGCUGGUAGUGGCCAGGAAACCUGUUGCUUUCCUGACUUGCAGCUUUUUUAUCCAUGUGUCGUAAUUUUUCUAGCAGAAAAGAGUUUAUUAGUGUGUAUUUUUAUUGUGCAGACUUUGCACCCUAUGUAAAAUUAAUGAAUAAGCAGGUUUCAGUUCUAUUGCAUACUUUUUGCUGUAGAUAUGGUAUAUAUAUAUACAUUUUAAAGUAAUUCUUAAAGAAAAGUAUACCUUCAAUUUAAUUUUCUAUGCUGUCUCCUCCAAAAUUAAAAUGUCCUUUAUUUUUAAUGACCUAACAUAUUGUGAUGACUAAAAUCUGCCUUCCCCUCCCUGCUCCUCUAUUCCUUUUAGACAAAGGUUGCAUUUGAAAUACCUAGUUUAUCCAAGAAAGACUGGAAGUCAAGGCUACACUGAACUCAUCACAAGCUACUUGCAUGUUAGUCCUCCUCAUGGGUGCUUUGAGCAGAAAUCAUCUGAUGAUGGCAAGGCUCCUGAUGUGUUGGUGUGAGCCUGAUGUGCUUGUGUAGCUGCCCUGUUGGGCUCAAGUCUCAGACCUCAUCAUGCUGGACGGGGAUGUAGACACAAGCCUGAAGUGGCUGCAGGCUGAAGCUGUUCUCAUCUUCAGGGAUGAUGCUCUGCAUGCAUGGUGACUGAUGGUGCUAUUUCCGUCCAUGGGUCUAUAAGGCAUUGUCUCUGUUCAGCAGUGGCUGUGUCACCUGUAUUUUUCACACUACCCAUGGUGAUGUCUUUUGUUGACCCCACUGUCGUGUUAUUUUCAUCUGGAGUUGUGAAAAUUUCAUUGUGUGGUCGCAAAACCAAGCAGAAUUGAAUAGGUGGAAAAGCAAAACCCACCUGCUGUGCUUUGCUCUCUCUUGCGGGCAUGCAGCCCAUGUGGGGCUGUGGUUCUUGUGAAGCUUUGCAGUUUCUCCCUCCUUAUCCAAGGUGCUCGUAGCUUCUUACCUCUUGGCCUGUUGGGGUUAUGCGUGUACAGCAGUGGACAUCUGUGCUAAUUCAGCCUUGUCUAAAACUGGCUGAAAUCCGUAGGAUCACAGGAAAACACCCUGCGCUUGAGGGCAUGAGGUUCUUCAGGGCUCAGGCAUUUGAAACAGGUUGAAGUCACGUCUUUUGCCACUCUGUUUUUCCCAAACCCACAGAAGCUUUAAUAGGCUGACACCAGUUUUUACACGAUAAUUCUGGUGCUACCAGUUGUCAUCGUGCUGGAGUUGUUCUUCCUAAUGUUUUCUCAUGCCCAUGCUUGGUUCCCCACCUGUAUCUCCAUCGAUGAUAUUUAAAAACAUUGGGAUAAAAUAGGGUGCCAGGAGUUACAGAGAUCUCGGACAGGUCCUGAUAUCUACAGCUUGCAGCAGCAUGACCAAAACACUGCCUUUCCACUGACAUUCCCCUAAUGAAAUAUGGCAGGGGAAUUACCUGUAGGAAUCACUGCGUAGCUUUUCUUGCUGGCACUUAACAGAGAAGCUUGAGACCUGGCUUCUCCAAGAGAGAAUUCUUACAUCCUAAUUUCUUUAAUAAUGUUAAGGAAAGUGGUAGGUGACAUUGAAUAAAAAUUGUUUUUCCAGAAAUGUCAAAGCAUACGCUGAGGUUUCAGAACUUGGAUGGCGCUUUGGCAUUUCUGUGAUUAAUGUGAUUAGAAUUCCUGCUGCAUGCCAAGGCGCCGUGCGAAACAUAGGCCAGCGGCCUCAGGGGCCUUGUCUUUACAUUAACUUCUGGAAAUCUACACACUGGUGUUACACGCUGGCCUUUUUGUGCGUGUUGUACAUGUUUUGUAUUCAUACCAUCUGCAGAGGUACAAACAUCAGCCCAACAUCAAGGUACCCUAAUACCACUCCAAUAAAGCUCUCGCUAAUUACUUUGUGAUCAUUUCCCUAGUUGACAGGUUACCUCAAAAUGCAUCAUGAGGCAUGGGGGAAUCACUGGCUGUUCAGAAUGUGGGCAAUGUACCUUAUUUACAGGGAUGUAUGCUGCCUUUUAAGUGUUUAAACCUGUCCUGUGUGCUACUGUCAAAUAGGAAGGGGCAACAGCUCCUGCAUCCAAGCUCUUGGUUAAAGAUGUGGCUGCAAGGUCACUUAGUCACUGUAGGGCAAGUCCCUUCCACAGGUAGAAGGGCUUUGCAUCUGGCCACUUCUUAAUCUUGCUAAUUUGCCCUGAACAGAUUAAUUUGAGGAAAAGAUACCUUCCAUGUCAGCUGCUGGUUAACCUCAAGUUUCUGCAUGUGUUCCCAUCUGGAGGUUGUUUUCAAUGUGUUUUGUUGGCAAGAAACAGUGGGAGAAGGGGAUUGUGAAUAGGGACAUGCUUCCCACCAAGUUAGAGGAAUGGAAAGGCAGAAGGGGGUGGUGGGCAGCAAGGACCGGAUUCAUGCCCCAGGGAAUUGCAGAGCAGUGCUUCCGUCUAUGGUAUGGGGAAGAGGAGGCACUGCCAGCACUUGAGCCCUCCUCUUUGCUCAGGUCCAGCCUAGCUAGAGGUAGCCUAAGCUUGUCCAGGGGCACAUGCAGAAGCCUAUGGGAGUGUGCAAGUGUUGACUGCCUGUGAAGUUUUCCCUUGCUAUCUCAAUGUGUGCAGCGCUGCGUGUACUUUUUAUGCAUAAGGAACCAGUGGGAGUGACUUCCCUGUUGGACAGCUGUUCCUGUGCACUGGGGAAGAAGGGUUCAGUAAGGGCUGAAGGGAUUUGAGGGAAAGAAAGGUUGGCCCCACUGUGCAAACAGCUUUCCAAAAGCGUGUUCUGUGCUAUUUUUGCAAAGGAUUUGUGCAGUUUUUAACAAGGUUCUUUGCAAGUGAUCAUCACUGUUAUAGCAUUUCUGUGCCUGGAGCCCAGUGCUUGUACUCUGAGGCCUGCUUAACAGAAGCAGCCAAUGUUAGCAACUGUUGAAAGCCAUGUUUUCCUUUGAACAAGUGAAGUGCUGUAAUAAUGGCAAGUACUCCACAUAAACUGCCAGCAUCGAAAACCGGGCCUCCCAGUUAACUUUGGCUUUAUUCUGCCUAUGCCUAUGUUCCCCAGUGCUACAAUGAGCUGUAGUCAGUGAUACCUCCCCCUACCUCAGUGGAGUGUGAGAAAGUUGAGUUCAUUUGGCAUUGCAGUUUUUGUGAUCAAUAGUGAUGUCUCUAAAAGAAAAACAAGGAAGAUAUUUUGGAUGCAACAUACUAGAUAGGUAUGUCUGCAGUGUUUGGAAGGUAAGGCUUGGACAACUGCAGAAUGAUGGAUCAAAAAGAAAUCUAUAUGCUAGAGAAGAAGAGGCAGUUGUAAAGGAAUUGCAUAUCCAAAGGUCAGAAUUUAAGAUUACUCAGUCCUUAAUUCUGACACUUUCUGACUUCUACUUAGUUUUCCAAUUUUUUUUUUCUGGUGCUUUGUAUAAACUAUACUGGCAUGUUGUCUUCUUGAGAAAGAUGCUGAGUUGUCAAAUAGAUUUGUUUUUGUGAUCUUGAAUACCUUGAAUGGUGUCUCACAAAUUGUGCAAGAACUCCUCCAUCUCAGCGUCCCCUCAUGAAGGAAGGACCAAACAAAUCUAAGGGUGAGGAGAACACAGGGAUGUUUAAUAGGAUGUAUUAUGAUGGAGUUGGCAAGGACCUUGAGAGAACAUCAACAGUGUCCCCUAGGCAAAGAUUAGCUAAACCAGACGCCUCCCUCACAUUGGUCUUCAACCUGGCUGGAACUCAGUUUGAAGAAUGGCACAAAGGAAGUAUCUGACAGUAAACUUAAAUCUGCUGUUGCAGAGGUGUCUACAAGGAUAUGUUUCAGAGUCCACACAGCACAAAGGCAUCUGUAUUUCUUCCAUUUAAACAAUGUGAAGAAAAAAAAAAUUGCUUUCUUGAAAUAUCCAGCAAGGGAUAUUCACAGUGGUUCACCCUGCUUACUGUUGGAUACCUUUCCUCCUGUCCAACCUAUUCUGUCUCUUUUAGUCUUACAGGCCACAUUCUCAAGAGGAGUUAUGGAAACAGUUUGUUUCCUUUCUUGCUUGCAGCUCUUUACAUAAUUAAAGACUGUUGUCAGGUCUCUUCUGUAUCCUCUUCUAGGCAUUUAUAAAGCUUUCCACCGAUGGUAGUUUGCAGUUCUUGCCACGUUCUUACUGAUUCUUUUCUCUAGGCUCUUUCUGAUCAGUCUGUCUCUUUCUUGAACACAGAAUUAGAAAAUCCAAAAUCAAGUGACAUACAUGUGUUGCCAUCUUGCCAGCCUCAAGCAAAAGCAUCACAAACAAUUUAAGAUUUUAUAUACUCAGUGUGCUGGGUUUUACAACAGCAUGCUUGCUGACUUGAGCGCUGUUUCAAACUGUGUCCUUUCAGCUCCUCUGUGGCUGAGCUAGGACAAAGGCAAUCAUUUUUCAGUCUUUGCAGAGAGGCUUUUUCCUGCUUUGACACAGAAGCUUGCAUUUAUCCUGACCAAACUGUGUUUUAUUUCUUUUCAGAUAAUUUCUUGACCUUGUCCAAGAUCAGUCUCAGUUCUCAGUGCUUACGGUCCUUCCCAGGGUUGUGCCAUCUGCAGGUUAAAUAAUUAUUAUCCAUCCUCAAAUCAUCAGUUUACAUGUCAGAAGAGCAGCACCCAAGGCAGGCAGACCUCAACAGGACCUCUCUUGAUAUCUUCCAGCAGACUGACUGUGAUACUAAUUAAACGAGCUAAUUGUAGAAAUUAUAACCUGUUCCUCCUUUAGGCUGUUUCUUUCUCCAACUGUUGACUUGUUUUUCUCCAUGUUUUUUUCUGCAUAGGCUACAUAGAGUCCAAACAGUUUUUGCCCUUCUUUAAUAGUUUGGAAAAUCGGGGCUAUUAAAAUAUCACAGUAUGCAUUUUCCAUGAAGCCUGACAAUAUAAAUCUGUUUUGUACAUGGUAGGUUGACAAAACACCACCUAACAACAUUCAUGCCUCCACUUAGUUCUGAUUAGGACAUAGGAAAAAAAUAAAUAACAGGCCUUCACCUCAAUAUUAUUAUUUCAUUGACAUUCCCCAUCUUCACAACAUUUAGAUUUGGACUGCUUCAGCAGUCAUAAGCUCAAGAUAUGUUCCUCCUUGUAGGCUUUCCUUGUAGGCAUGCCCAGACCUGGAUAAACCAGGAGUGUGUGAUGGAGAGGAAAAUACAUAUUCUUGCAAAUCAGCCUCAAAAUCUGCUCAUGAUCUAACUGUCAAAAGAAUGCAAAAUAACUGCUUGAAGAGCUCUGCUGUUUUUGGUUUAGUUUUUGUUUUUGUUUUUAAUUAUUUUAUUUUGUUUUUGUUUUGUCUUGUUUCUAUUUCCAAGAAGUUUAAUCUGUGUUGAAAGUUAAUUGGAUUUUCUUUCGUAGCAUUUUUACUGCAAGGUGAUCCAACAGUUUUGUGUAGGUUUAGCUAUAAAGAAGUUCCUCCUAUUCUAUGCAGCAUCUUGCAUUGCUCUAUUCAUUUGACACAUAUAUCUGAGCGCCUUCCAGAAGCGCAUUUAAGCAUAAUGACUAACAUCUGUCACACAGCAGUUGUUCUUUCUUUCAUUCUCUUCCUCAGAGAAGGCUGGAUGUGCCAAUGCAGCCCUGGUAUUUUUAACAUAAAUUAAUUAUCCAUUCUGUUCUGCAUUAAUGUCCUAAAUGGUGAGCUGAAGCACAUCUUGUGCUAACAGCAGUAGACCCUUACAGCUUCACAGCUAGGAGCAAACCAGAGAACUUUGGGGCUCCCAGCUAGCAAAGUCUGGCAUCUGCACAGAAGGUUGGCAUUGCACUGGAGGAGAACUUUCCUCCUCAAACUUCACCUACCUCUAAAUGUUGGGGGAGCACAAGGAGCAUCGAGGAUUUUGCUGUUACUCUCUGUUUGCGAAUUAUCUGAUGCAAAAAAGAUCUCGCCUCCAGAGAGCAAAUGAAAAGCCAAAGGCAACUCUAAGUUCAGGCAGAGGAGCUUGAGCAGGUGAGGCAGGUGCUAUCUUGUUACUGACUUUUAAAGUCUGUGUUCACACCAAAUACCUUUCCAGUCACUUCUGGUCUCCCUGGCUCCACCUUAUCUGGUAGGUUACCACUUCAUCCUCCUCUCUGGAAAAUAAAGGUAUUUAUUGUAUGGGUUUCUGGCUUCUAAAUGCUCUCUGGCAAGUGAAUGUUGUCAAUGAGCGUGAAUUUAGCAUCCAUCUCUUGUUCCACUCAUAAUCAUAAAAUAAAUAUUUUACUUACAAGUCUUCUAAAGCUGCAGUGUCCUCAUGAUUGCUUUUAUUUCUCUCACAAAAGGCUGGUGAAGAAAAGCCUCCAUGGCACCCUUCCCAUGUGCAGCACCUUGCUGCAGGCAGCAGUGAUCUGCUGCAAAUGAAAGAAGCCCCCCGAUGACCAUUGGCAGGUUUAGAGCAUGUACUGCAAGCCCAGAGAUUAUAGGCCAAAGUUUUCUGUUAAUCUCUAAAAUACUGGAGACAGCUUUUUAACUUUGAUCAGGCUUCAUAAUGCCCUCAACCUGGCAGAAUUAGGAAGACAGCUUUUUGGCUCAGACCCUUACUUAGAAGGCUGGGAACAAGCAGUCGAUGAGGUGAACCAAGCCUCGUUCCUGUUAUCUCAGAACAUAUCUUUUCAAUUGGUAUUUUAUUAUUUCUCUCCAUCUGGUUGCAAAACAUCAAGGUCACUAGAGCAGUGUAGAUAGCAGCCUGUGUCUGACGUUCUUUGGCCUUAACCAUUCCAAUAACUAAAGGCAUCCUGUUUUGCAGCCUUCAUGUGCUUGAGCAAUUGUUGCAUGGACAGUGGGAAUUUGGGAGCACACAGGUGUUAACUGUAGGUUGAAGCAAGUUUCUGGAGGUUGUGGGUCACGUUGCAGUAAAGCAGUAGUUAUUUAGCUUAGCAGUUAUUUAGUGACUCUUGCUUAUUCAUUCUGUGAUCAUUCUCAUAUCACUUAGGGCAGGGGAUCCUCUUACCCUCCUCAGCCUCUUAGACUUUUGACAGUGUGAAGAAGCUCACGUCCUCUUCCAUUCUGCUUCAUUACACUUGAUGUCCUCAAGUUUCAAUAACACAGAAAGUACAAAUUUGUAUUGCCCUGGGUUUUUUUAGGUUGUAAUGAGUUUUAACUUUGGACUUGCUAUUUUUUUAAUUGCAUACAAGUGGCUCAUUUCCCUCUUAAAACAGAGAGGGAAAAUAAUAAUAAAAAAAUAAAUUAGCUAAACACCCAUGCUUGCUUUCAGAGCCUGAGAGGUGCACUGGAUUAACACUGGAGGGAUGGUUUGCCACUGUGGUAUUUGGUCAUUGAGGUAAGCACAGCAAACGCAGCAACAGUCUCACUCUUUGUCCACGCUGCAACCCUGCAGCAGCCCUUGAACUGUUUCGAUACAUCUUGGGGUGCCCUCUGCAGCUGCUCAAACCCCUUGCCAGCCUCUUCCUCUUUGCAGCUGUGAGGCUGCGUGAAAGAGGAAAAGCAGGAGACAACAACAUGGGUGUUUUUCACUCACCUCAGCCUAAACACCAGCCUCUGUUUGGCAGCCAGUCUUUCAGGAGCCUUUUCUGCAGUCAUUCUUGCUAGCAUCUCCAGCAGAGAUCUUUCAUCCUGUCCAGCUCACAAGCCUUGGUAACUGAAGCAGUCUCAGGCAGCUAUAUGAUGGAACUCCAUAAUGCUAAAUAUUACCAGGUUCAGAAAAUGUGACUCCGAUGGAAGGCUUGGACUAAGUUAGCAAGAACAUACAUUUUUUUAUAUGCACUUGCAGAGGGGCUUCACUUCAACCUUCCACAAAAGGCUUUCGAGCCAGCCAGCAAUUUUUUUUAAUUUAUUUAUUAAAGAAUAAAAACCAGUAGGUUUGUACUAGAAAAAAACUAGAACUCUCUUUUACCAGUGAAGGAUUUUUUCCCUCCCCCUUGAUGCAGAAACCAAUGCAAAAUAAGAGUUGCAAUAUCAGAGGAGAUCAGAGAAAAGUGUUCCUCUGGAUGGAGUUUGAUGCAAUUUUAAGCUGCUUGUAGAAGAUUGGCUGUGAAGGUAAACUAAUUUGGGCUGAAAAAGCUGUUGCUGUUCAACUAUAUUGGGUACGCUUCAGUAAUGGUCCAAAAUAGCUUUUUUUUUCUUUUUUUUUUAACCACCUCUGACAUCUAUGAAAGCUAAACCUAUUUUUUGUCUUAGAUUGAAGGUGUGAUUCUUGCUGGAAGAAACUUACAUUUUUUAGAAACCAUCUCAGAAAGACAUUUAAAGCCAAAAAUAUCGUACGGAAGCCUAAAGAGAACAAAACAGAAAUCACAGAUCUGAGUCAACACCAGGCUGCCAUGUGCAGAGAUUUAUGGCUAAGUUAGGUAUGAGUUGUGACCCACCUGCCUGCAUUUCUGGCCACUCCCAGGCUCAGCCUGGUGCCUGCAGAGCCCCUGACCAAGGCUGGCCCCUCUUACUCUUCCUGCAUGGUAAUGGUGCUGCAGCAUAGGAACCAGGCAAGAACUUGAGUUGGAGGGCUGCAUUUUGGGGGCCCUCUGCUUCUGAUGCAAUACUUGGUCAUUGGCUGCUGUCAAUAAAGACUUUCUACCAACCUAACCUCCCCACUGUUUCAACUGCAUCUUACCCUCUUUUCUUUCUACUAAUAGAUACUGUACAUACUGCUCAACAGCUGCAGCAUUUAAUUCCAGAAGCUGUAGUUGGUGGCAGGCAAAGUGAUCUGCAUACAACCUCUACCUUACUCAUAAUUGUACAUUACGAAGCUUAGCCAGCAGUAAUAAAAUGUUUUGCUUUCAACGUGCAGUCCCCAUGGUCCAAUGUUCCCAUCGUCAGGCUCCACUGUUACAGAAGUGCAUCGUGUCAGUGUUCUCUGGCUGCCUUCAGUUUCAUGAUGCUGGAUGCAGACCAUAAUGCCCAGCUAUGCGGGUGGGUAUCCAGCUAGGACUAGAAAGCAGAUACGUAGUUGUUUAAUGCUUCUAGGCUCAGAAAAUGCACAAAGGCUCUGAAGUUAGACUUCAGAUGUCCCUGCAUGCCUACUGACUUUCUAUUUUCUGCUGCUUCAAUGCUUGCUGCAAUAGAGGGGUUGUGGUGGCAGCAUCCCUCAGUAGAAGGAGCAGCAGCUGUGGUUAGAAGGUCCUGUGAAUGAAUUCAUCACACACAUAUCACUCCCAUGGGUACCCUUCCAGGUUCAUCCAGGUGGCCACACAAGGGGCUGUCUUUCCUGGCCAUAAACCAGGAAAAAAGUUGCACGCUUCUUUCCCCAUGUGAUAGUCUCACCGUGCAGCUUUGGGUAUAGGUUGUUUCUCACUGCUCUGAACCUACUGCUUGGUUUCCUUCAUCCCUUUCUGGACCAUUCCAAGAGUUCAUGACUUUACACUUUUUUUUCUUAUACACAAAAAGAAGCAUUUCUCUGUCAUCCUACAUGAUGGAUAUUUUUGUGCAGGGACAAGAUGCUUCUUAUUCACAUGUAAAUAAUCAUGUAAGUGCAGAAAUUCUAAAGCCUGCUGCAUUUUUUGGAUAUCAUUUUGUUUUACACAUCAUUAAUGCUUUUAUGGAAAAGAUGUUUUAACUUAUACAUAAUUUAAGGGCAUAUGAUUUUCCUGCUGUAUGCUGAAAGCAUGCAUUUCAAAGCACAAAUUUCAGAGCUCUACUUCUGUGGGUUGCAUUAGAUUCAUAGCUGGUAUGAGUUGAACUGGAUGCAGUUUCCCAUACUCAAGGCUCAUAACGUUUAGUUUCCAGGUGCAGGUGUGCACUCUCCCUUGCUGGAGCUGAAAUUAGGCUCCUUCCAUGCGAUUGGUGUGGGCUCAGUUUGGCACAUCUCGGUCCCCAGGCACCAUCCCCACAGCUCUGGGAAUUUUCCAGGCAGGGGAUCUAUGGAGCUGUAGUGUGUAUCUGCAUUUGUGCCUUUUUUGGGCAGUGGUAAGACAGCCUCUGUAUGGAGAUUGCCAUUUAGUAAAUAAGCUUCUUCUCAAGCACCAACACUAGGGCUGCAAAAGAUGGAUGAUUAUUUCUUUGCAGAAUUGGUUUUCUGCUGCAGGAUCUGGAUUUUGUUCAUUUGCAUAUAAUUAAAAAUGGCCCCCUGUCUUCAGUUUGCAUUAUGCCUGUGGUACUGAGCAAUCUUGGAUCGCGUUUUACUCUGCACUGUGCUGUGUCUGGGAAUCACUUUAUUCGUCACUGAAAAUCAGCUUUGAAUUGUGGCAUACGGAUAUCUGCAAGCUUCGAUGCAGCAAAAGCCUCUGCUUCCAAAAAUAAAAUGUUGCUUCUCAUAAACUUUCAAAUGAGUUGUUUUUUAGUGACUGGAAAAGUUGCCAAGAAUAUCUGCAUGAAAAUCGAACAUGCUGACUGAAGCAUGGAUUUACUGAUGCCUUUAAAAACCAGGUCUUAGCAGCACUCAGGCUGCAGGUAAAGGUGCAGGCUGUAUGAUUUCCUGUGACACUUCGGUGCAACACCAACCUGGUGUGAAAAGCCUGUUUGUUUGCUUUCCUGUAUGUGAUCCCAAAGGACACCGUGUGCUGCUGUGCCAGGGUAGCGGUGAGAUGGUCCCAGCGUGACAUGAGAGGCAGCCUGUGCACUGCUCUUCUUGGAGAAAAUGUGGAACAGCUGUGCUGUUUACAAAUGGCUGCAGUCCACGUGGAGGUGAAAUAGCAAGGAGUCGCAAGCAUAUGUAAGGGCCUCUCUCCCAGGCAGCAAAAAUAUAGCACACUUGGACACCUUCCUUGAGAGAGCAGUGUGGAAAACUACCCUGCAAUUUGAUGAGGUUUUCUAGCAUUAGAUUUAUUAUCCAUUGAUUAUCAUUUGCCAGAAAUCUUUACCAUCAGAAAAGAACACCCAAUAAAUCAAUAAAUAAAUAAGACUGUGAAAAUGAGUAAUUUUUGUACUGUACUUUCCAUGCUGGCACAUUUUCAGUACAUACAGUGUUUGCUUUUGGUCUCAACACUGAGAUCAGUGUUACUGAAACAAAACAUUUUCUGUGUAUCUAGAUACAAAAGAUGGUAAUACAUGGCAGCGUUGCAAGAUCUGCAUAGUGCGUGUGAUAAGAAAUGUGGCAGCUUCUUUGCCCAGCAUAAUGUCCAACAACUGCUUGUAAUCUUGCAUGUCUCCAUCGCUGCUAUGAAAGCGGAGAUGUGCAAGUUUGCACUGUUGUUCCCUGGUGAGCUUUAGGUGGGAGCAGGCUAUGUCUGCAGCAGGCCAGCUCAGAUCUUCAGUAGCUGCUGCCUGCAGCUGCACGGAGGGUUGAAACACAAAAGCCAGGGUCACAGGACGGAUUCUUUCAGCAGUUUCCUUGUCUGGAUCAGCACUGCAGGUGCUGUGAAGCUGGUGCUUCACAAACUCCCCAACUCCCCAAAUUGUCCGACUCUCAGAUCUUAUCCAGACUUGUCUUUUUCCUGCUCUGUGUCUGCACAGUAGGAUCUGUGUUCUUAGCUCCAGGAUCCCUCACCUUGGAUUUUGCUUGUUUAAGUACAUGUCUUUGGAGCAGCACUGGAAUCGGGGCACUGUUUCUGAAGUUCCUUUUCUCCUUGGGUAUUAGCAUUAUCUGUUUCUGAAAAAUCACCUCUCUGACAUUUGCUGACUGGUUCAGUACAGGAAGAGGUUUACAGUCGUACCUGGAACAUUCCACUACACAUGCAAGGUGCAGUUCUCCCUGUUUUGACAGCCCAGAAGUGAUUUACAGAACUCAGAAAGUACCGCCAAACACAGACGGCAGCUUUUGACUGCAAACUCCAGCAAGCCAAUGCUUUCAUUUUAAACAGAGCUUUCUCCAUGAAGCUUUGCACGUGGCUGACAUGCAUCAGGUAUUGGCCAGCUAGGGGUUGCCUGGUAAAACACUUGCAAGAGUUGACAAGUAUGCAAACAGAGCCUGGGAAGGUAUGAUGUUCAGUGAUCAUUUUGUUGGGUACCUGCUGAAACCUUUUGAGACAUCUAAGCUUGACUGUUUAUUUUCCUGAGGUCCUGCUACUCCAGCUUUCUACUCGUCCUCUCAUAUCCCCCUCAGUUUAGCUGCCUGGUCCUCAUAGGUCUGUCCUAGGUUGCCCAGGCUUUCAGGUCAACAUGGUUAUUCACAGGGAACAAAAAAGCCAAUGGCUGGAAUAGGAGAAGCAGAAGUCAGCAUGCAGCAUGUCUUGUGUGUUUAAGGAGAAGAAAGGACAGCAUCUGGCCUCUGUCAGGAAGGGUUCCCUACACCCAGCCUCCUUCAAGGAGCAUGCAGAGCUGGGUGGAGGCAGAUAUCUUGACUGCUUGGUCCAGUCUUCCUGCAGCUUCCUUCCUUCUUACGUGUCUCCUGUCUUGUAGUCGCCCAGCUGUGUGGUACAGUGUGCUAGACAUGUUAAGGUGAUGUCUGCACAUCCAAAGUCCUUCCUGGGGAUGUUUUCCUUCAUGAAAACGAAGAUCGGAUGUUAGGAACGUUGAUAUUUACUAGGCGGCUUUCAUUGUCUUGUUCUUGCACUAAUUGUCCUUUCACCGAUAGGGUGGUGAAGAGAAAAAAGCCGGCUUAAAGCGUAGUCAGAAAGCGAAAGUAUAAAAGUAUAGAUACAAACCCACCAGUAAGUACAUAAAUAGGUUAACUGUAUGAUAGCGUGUAAAAGGAGGCAGUCUGCAGCGUGACUCCUCUGUAAACUGCAUGAUAGCAUUGGUGAAGCCUGCUGCAGACACUCGGCAGGCUUCCCAGGGUUGCUUUUGCUAGACUUUGAGUAUCAUAGUUGCAAAGACUCGUAACUGUUCUGAGAGACUCUUGUUUUGUUCGUAAGCUGUGGCCCUUUGCUUUCUGAAUCGGUUCAUAGUGAUGGAGUUAAUGGAGCUGUUCUUUAUCGUAACCUAAAAGGUGUCAGUCGUUUGCUUGUAUGUGUUCACAAGCUGACCCGUAGCGUUAUGCAUCCCUGAAAUGGUGUGAUUUGAAGCACUUUUGGUGUGGCAUGUACAGUUGCAGUGCCAUCUGGUUUUGAUUUCAUCCCUAGCUAUCACACAUGUUCUCCCCAUGUUUUGGACACUGAACCAAACAAACUUUAAAACUAGCACUUUAAGUACUAGUGGUCACUUUGCUUCUGACUAUAUUGAGCACUGCACUUUUGUAAGUACUAUUAGCACUGAGUUUUGAACCACUUUUUUCCCCCAGUCCAUUUAGUCUCUUACACACGGUGUUAAUUACUUAGGGGCCAUCGGAAGAUAAUUUUGAGGUGUAUGUGCCCACUGUCUGGUGCCUAAUUUCCACUGCAUAUCUCUUAGCAGUUUGAUAAGUGAGGGAAAUGAAACCGUCAAAAGAUUGUUUUUACCCAGUAGACUGAACAUCUGUGUCAUUGACAUCCAGGCAGAUGUGGUUGCUAUAAACUUUGAGGUCAUUCAGAGAACUAAGCGCAUGGUUGUUUUUAACACCAAAGAUAUGGAGAAAUCUCGAAAGGGAUUGGGAUAGUGCAAGAUGGUGUAAUUUACACUUCGAUUUGCACGGACAGCAGGAUGUGAGACAGAACCAGAGCUAAGAGUGUGUGGCAGAUACUCUCGGUUUUGGUAAGAGAACCCAAUCUGCAGUAGCAGGUUGGGUCAGCGGGAAAGCUAACUUGAAACUGCUUGUAAAUGCAGAUAACAGUAACAACUGCGCUCAAGCCAUUGCAAUACAAGCCGUCAUUGUGCCUGUACUGAAAGUGCUGUUGGGGUUGUUGUGGCUGAAACUACAAUAAUAAUAAUAAUAAUAAUAAUGAUAAAAUUAAAGGAAUUGCAAAUGAUGUAGACAAUGGAGCAUAUAACCACUGGGUUUGCUGUUGAGAUUGGAGAGAAGUAUGAGGGGCUUAGCAGGUCACGUGGUAAGAAGCCAUGUUGAUGUGCUUUCCUAUCUUUGUUAGAUUCCUGCAAUAUUUCAGCAUGGCUGGUGUGGGACCUGAGUUGCCUCUCCAGCACAAAAUCAGUGGGAUAGUUUGUCCCAAAUGGCAAAGUCAUAAUUCUCUAGGAUCUGAACGUGGGUGAUGAUCCUCAGGAUGCAGAAUGUUCCAAGUUUCAAUAUUCCAAAGCAUACCCUCUCAACCCACUGAUGUCUUUUGCUCCUCUAAAAGCCAUCAUGGGCUUACUGCAGCAACAAGUAUUCCACAGUGCUUGCAAGGGUUCUGUGCAUCCUUCCCAAUGAAGGAUCCAUGCAAGAAGCCCACAGGGGAGCCCUUCAUUGGAGCCUUUCCUUAGCAAUGCUCCUGGAUGGAAUUUGCUCCCUGGUGACAUGAGGGGGGUAAUAACUAUAUCAGUGCAGUCAAUUGCUUGAAGGAAGAGACCAGCUGGUUUUACUUUGCUUCAGCCUAGGCUUUCUUCUCCAAUAGAGCUUUAUGGGUUUGGACAUUCAUUCAGAAUUGAAGGUGGUUAAAAAGCAACAAGCUUUGAGCAGCCCAAAGUGUUAUGCUCUUAUAUUCUCCAUUGUGUGAUUUUGAAGUGGAAAUGUACAUAGAUUCCAGACUGUUUUUCAUCUCCUGGCCAAAUUAACCCUGCAAAUCUAGCUUUAAAGAACUAGCACCCAGUGGCUCGGGUGCUCUCUCUCAGUACCCAGGCGCUAGUGGAUGAGGAGAGCCUCUCAGAAAGGCCCACAGAGGGCCUCGGCCCUUCUGGCUGGCACUGAGACACAGUGGGAUGCUUUUCAGUAUUUCAGCCCACAUUCCAUCAUCCUCUGGGGAGCUGAGUGCUUUCUUUCCUCCUCGGGAAAGGAAGCUGGCAAGGAAGAGGGAUGCAGAACAGGUCUCUGUGUUUUUUUCCACAGGUAUAGUUUUUUGCCUCUCCAAGUUGGCAUCUCGUCAAAGGUAAAGUUAAGCAUUUUCUGCUGCACGGCACACAUAAGGCCUGAAUGUAAUGCAUAGCACAGCACCUUUUUCUCGGGAAGGACCUUUUAAGCAGAAGACGGUUCUUUUAGGGGAUUUCAGUUUGGGUUUGAGGCAGCUCAUGGGAAGUGCAUUGAAAUGGCACACGGACGAUGUCUUACCCACCUUUUCUUUCUCUCCAGCAGAGACAUUUUUAAUUUCUUUCCAUAGUUUAGAACUCUUUCCCAAAAGUGUUUCCCAGCCCAUGUGAAUGACCUUGAAAUGAGUCAAGUUUAUCAAACAAAUUGUGCACUGCAGGAAGCAGUCUCCAAAUGCACACACACCCAUGCACCCCUCAAUGUGUAUGUGCAUGUAUGUGUGUGCGCAUGUACCUACAGACAGAGUAUUUGUUUCCCCAGCCGUUCUUUCUGUGGUUUUAUUAUUAUUGUUAUUAUUACUGUUAUUAUCAUUUCGGGGUGGGGGGGUUGAUUUGUUUUCAGGAUAUUAACCAAAAGGUGUUUGAAAUUCAUGGCAUGAAAAACCCUAAAUGUAAAUCUGAGUACAUUGUGAUGCUGAUUAACAGAUUUUUCUGAAGCUUAUGUGAUGCUCAGUAUUUUCCUUAGGGAGUUUUGUUUAAUGUGAGAUCAUUGUUCUGAAGGAUGUUGGUCCUACUGGAAUCAAACUAAUGGAAAUAAAAUGCAUGUGUUACAAGUGUAGAAACGGUGAAGAAUUAAGUGUGAACUUACUGUACAAUACCGAUUCUGUUUUCAAACGAUCUGUUUCGCUGUUCAGUAGUUGACAUAUAAAAAUGCAGAUGUACUGUAAUUUAGCACUUUUUCAAUUGACCCUGUUCUCACUAUGACAGAAGUAAGGAGCACUUCUGUGGCUGUCAGGACCCAUCUCUCCUGAUGUGCGGACCCUGUGAAGCGCGUCAGGGAAGGGCCGAGCCUUUCAUCCUUCCUGCACAUUUUGGUACCAGAAUUGGCCAGAAGGAAAGGAAAGUGUGAGAGUCUCUUAGUCCCCUAGUGUUAACAGGGUGCAAAGUGUUACAUGUUCCGUACUGUACUGAAAGGGUUGGUUGGUCAGUGACUGUAUUGUACUGUAUGACAACGCAUAAAUUGCCUUGUAUUGUUUCUAAUGGACUGUACCAUGUCCCCCGUGGAUCUCCAUGUCCCUAGUUUUCCAACAAUGACGCAUGUUAUCAGUUAGGUCCUACAACUCUGUGGUGCUAACUCUCCCAUACCUGAUGGUGCUUCUGUGGACACUAACUGAGGACAUGCUGGCCAGAGCUUGAAGUUUCACAGUAUUUCUCCUCUGUUUGUACGAAGUGAACACACACACACACACUAAAUGAUAAACUUGAAUUUGUUUCAAAGCAUCAUUGACAAUCUAAUGUUUUCUAUGUGUGCUUUUAUUUGGGAUGGCUUUUCCAGAAAGCAGCUCUCUCCCCCUUGGCUCACAGCCACCCCUGUGCUCCAGUAGGCAGUCCUGUCCCCUUUCUCCAUGGCGAGCAUGGGGCCAGGAUUCAGUGUGACUCCUCUGCCUUUGGAGGUGAGCUGCUUCCCCAGCAGCUCUCUGCAUGCUUAUCUGUGCCUAAAAAGGACACCUGUGACCACUCCAUCCCCAGGUAGGUGAGCACUGUGGUGCUGCUCCAGCUCCUCCACAACCAAAAAUGGAGUCUGUGGCAAGAAUUGGCUUUUUACCAGAAGGGAGGGAACUACUGAAAGGGAGCUGGAAUUCCAACAGGCACCUCUGUCCUGUGGUGGGAGAGCCCAUGCAUGCAGCCCUGCUGGCAGAGGAGUCAGUGCUGGUUCUGGAGCUUCAUGGGCAGACCUUUCCCAUCCCAAGCCCCCUACACAAGCUGCUUUUUGGACAAAACAAAAUCUGAAUAUAUUUUAUAUCUAUUUGAAAACGAAGUCUGAUAUUUACCCCUGUUACCAACUGAAUUUGCGUAUUGUUGUUUGCCACAAUAUUUGUUCUGUCUUAAAAUAAAUUUGCUUACUUGUGUA